AUGUAUUCGCAUUCCCAGCGCGCUAGCAAUACGCAAGAGCUGGCACGUCUUCUGCUUGCCAAAUUUUCGCACACAACGACCCCAAUCGAGUAUAAUAGCCCUCUGAGCUGGACUCAUAUCGUCGGCUACGGGGACAUUGUGGCUAUCUUUGAGAAAAACCAGGAGCCGGCGUCAGCAUUGCCAAAGAUUUUAUUACGGAUUAUCAAGGACCAGAGUAUAUUGGAAGAAGUUGAUCUAGCUCACUUCGCAAGAGAAGCAGGAAGUCUUAUACACUCCACUCCGAAUGGUGGUACAAAGGCUCUAUUUACUGUGAUUGUCAAGUCACCAUGUCUAGCAGUGAAAUAUCCAUGUGACGGCACCCAUACGCGCCGUUUCCAGCUCAAAUUCUCGUCUGACCGGGAUUACUAUACCGCUCUGGCCAUACUGAGCGAGAUUAGCUGUCCCUUUACGGAAUCGACAGCAGCGCAGCCGUCGAAGAGACUGUUGACAUCGUCCUCCUGGAAUUUCAACAGACCUUCUACCGCGCCACCCUUGCGAGAGACGCUAUCUGCGGUUGCCCCAGGGGCACCUGCGUUUUCAAAUCCAAGUUGCUCCAUGGUUCCGUCAAUUGGGUUGGCAGCACCCGGCUCACAGAGACCAUUAUCGCAACAUCCAGGUACAUCUUUUCUCUAA